AUGGACUUGCACAGUCUGAGGUGUCGGAUGGCCUUUGGUGGUCUGCUACGGGAUGUGGUCGACUCGUGUGUUCUGCUGUGUGAGGGUCGCAUGGUUGGCUUCUACAUCAGAGACGGCAUAACUUUUAUCGACCACACAGAUGCCCUGGAUGAAACGCAAAGGAUAUGUGAAGCCAGCGGACGCACAGAUGUGACUUCACACAAGCCAAUCACAAAGAAGCGGAGAUCUCUCUCAUUUGCCGUCUGUCUGUCGUCUGUCGCAGGGCCCUCACGGCAGCUCGCGAGGCAUAGGGGUAUAUCCUGCUAGGAACACAUGCCGCGCAGGAAGCGAUAAUGUUCCUGUGUACGAGAUAUGCUUUUUGUUGUGUUCAGGGGUUGCAUUUAGGUGUCUAGGCACCCGCCAGAAACAAGCCAUGGUUACCAAGGAGACGCAGGCCCACCCGAUGCUCCUCAAUCUGCUCGACGACCUCCAGCCACACCUCAACAAGGCAAGCAACACACAUUGAAUUUCCAUGGUAGCACAAAGGCACACAGGCACCACCAGUUAGUAUAUAUUGCCACCAGUUGUAUGUUUCUAUAUUGAUUGCACUGUAUUGUAGAUUGGCGAAUACGUAGCCUAAGGCUGCAACCCAUCCAAGAGGCGAUACGAUACUGCCGGACCAGACAAACUGCACUAAAGGUAUGAUUGGUUGCGAUCGGGUUUCAAAAGACCGCGAUAUCUGCUUUCAGCGAUAAAGUGCUAGACAUGUGCUAGUAGGUCGUUCUCGAGAAAAGUGAGAAGUCAACCAUGGCGAACAGAAGUCGGAUGUGUGUGCGUGCAAGGUGCCACGACCUGCACUAGCACCACCACCUCUAGGACUGCGACGCUCCGCGAGGCAAUUUGCCGCGAGGGGUCAUAAGGACACUGACCGCGUUUCAGAGGUUACGUCGAAACGGAUGAAAGUCUACAUGAACGGCAGGGAUUUUAU